CAUUGCCAAGCGCCGCUCCGCCCCCCAUGCCCUCUGAGCCACACACGCUUCCGCCAACGUCUGCCGAGCCCCCUGCCAAACCAGAACCAGGACCUUCGUCAACCAGAAUGGCACAACUCCCACCACCACCUGACAGUUGUUCCUGCACUUGUGCUGCUGUCGCCCAGGAUGGCAGCCUUUCAAGUCUGCAUUGUCUUAUUGCUGCUGUUGGUGGAAGCCUCAGGGACGGUGAAAAACUAUUAUGACAUCCUGAAAGUUGAGAAAACAGCAACCGAGAGCCAGAUAAAAAAGGCUUUUCGCAGGCUGGCGCUAAGGUUUCAUCCAGACAAAAACAGGAGCGCUGAUGCAGAGAAGGUCUUCAGGGAAAUGGCUGAAGCUUACUCGGUUCUCUCUGAUAAGGAGAAAAGGAGGCAGUAUGAUAGUAUGGGCCAUGGCGCUUUCCUAGAAAACGCUGACACAGACCAAGAACAGGACACAGGCUUCCACUUUAGUUUCCCUGACUUCUUUCAUGACCUCCAUGGUAGUCCCUUUAUGGAGGAUUUCCACUUCCACUGGAGUUUUCCUCUGGAGGAAGAAGAAGAAGAAGAUGAUUUAUAUGAACAUUUCUCCUUUUCUGAGCCAAAUGUUAUCUUCUUUUCAGAGGAUGAAAACGAAGAAGAUCUGUAUUAUUAGUUUUUAAAAAUCUUUUUAUGUACUUUUUUUUUUUUUUUGCUUCCAUAUACUUUUAUUGUAUUUAUAAUAAAGUUACCUGAUUAAACGUGGCUUGAUCUCAGUCUAAGUUGAGUUUUUACUUCACUCUUUUUUUAUGGAGCAGGCAGCAACACCAGUAGCUGAGAGAUAACUGAG